CGAGCGACGCGCCUCUCUGACGCACUUCCGGGGCGCCGGAACAGAGGGAGGCCGUGCCGCGCGCUUGGAAGAUGGUGGUCACCAGGUCCGCGCGGCCUCAGGCCGGGGUCCAAGCCACGUCGGCUGAAAGCUCCCGGCAGAAGAAUUCUGCUGCUAAAAGAAUUCAAACGCAUCCAAAAGGCAAGAAGGAAUUUCCAUCUGAGGAUCCAAGAACUGCUGAAUCACAAGUCACUAGGAAACAAAGUCCGGCUCCUAGAACCAAGAGGAGGAAGAGCGGAACUACAGGCUCAUUACCAGAAAUGAACAAACCUGCUGAUGGAGAGAUCUCUGAAGCAGAGUCAAACUGUUCUUCUGUGUCUGAGGUCCAGGGUCCCAUUUUAAGAGUAACUAGGAGAAGACAGAUCUUAGUUGCAGGCACCCCAGUGUCCAGUGUAAGGAAAAGGCUGAAAAUAACUCCAGUAAAGGAGUCUCAUACUGAAGAAGUCUCUGAAGCAGAAUCACAUGUUUUGGGUAUUUCUAGAAUUGUGCCUCCCACAACAGUAACUCCAAGAACUAGAAAAAGUAAGGCCAAAUCCCUAACAAAGCCAAGCCAAGAAUCACAUAUGGAGGCUAUUUCUGAUGCUGAGUCAUCGUGCUCAGACAUUUCUUCAUUUUCUGGAAUUGCAACUAGGAGAAGAACAAGGAGUAUGCAAAGGAAGUUACAGGCACGGAACGAGGAGAGGGACACUAAGACUGUACUUGGAAAUGGAAAGCAAGUCGUAAACACACCCGUGGGUUCAGAGGAUUCAGGUACCAGGCGAAGUUCUCGUUUACUAGCAAGAUCUCUUUCUCAGAUAAAGAAGCCAAAUUUCUACAACAGUGAAACAUAUAAGGACUUUGAGGAUGAUUCCUUCUGUGAAAAUUUGGAAAAAAACCUGAGAGUGCAAAAACGCCAGUGUUUUAAUAUAAGAGAGGAACAGCAGGACAGUGUUUCACCCUUCAGAGAAGUAACAAAGCAGAGUUGUAAGAGUUUAGAUGCAGAAGCCAAAGGAAUAAUAGAUGAGGAAAAACAAACUAAUGAGGAAGAUUCUCAGUUGAAGAGUCUUUCUGAACAUAAGGACACUAGCCUUCCACAGUUGGUUUCUCAAAGACAUUCAACCCCUGAAAAUAACAAAACCACAUCAAUGCCCUCAAAUCUGAACUGUGAGGCUGUGAUGAGAUCAUUAGCUCAAACAUUUGCAGUUGUGGAGGUGGAGAGAUGGAAUGAAGAGAAAAAGAGCACCAUGAAAACAAGUGACUGGACAGAAUUUGGUGAUGGUGGUGGUAGUGAUGAGGAAGAGCACACGGUUGUAGGUGUUAGUGGAGACGUGAACAAAGAAAGGGAUGUUGAUUUUGUGUGUGAUAGCGAACUGUAUAAACUUGAGCUGAAAACAUCUCAGGAUAAAGAUGAUUCUGUUUUAUUAGUUCUCAGCAGUGAUGAAAGCCAGCAGUCCGAAAACAGUGAGAAUGAAGAGGACACUCUGUGCUUUGUUGAAAACAGUGGUCAGAAGGAGACAUUAAAUGGGGACGCAGAAGAUGCAUCACGUGACAAGGAAUUGUUUGUAAUUGACACAACUCCUGGAUUGAGUGCUGAUAAAAAUUUUUAUUUGGAUGAAGAAGACAAGGCAAGUGAGGUUGCCACUGAGGAAGAAAAGGAAGAGGAGGAAGAGGAAGAAGAAAGUGAAGAAGAACCAUCAGAAAAUGACAGUAAAGAUAAUGAGUUUAGUGAUGAAGACAACUUACUAAACAGCACAAAAUCCAAACUUCUGAAGUUGACGAGCAGCAGCAUAGACCCUGGUCUAAGUAUUAAGCAGUUGGGUGGUUUGUAUAUUAACUUAAACGCAGACAAGCUGCAGCUGAACAAGAGAACCCUAACACAGAUCAAGGAGAAAAAGAAAAAUGAGCUUCUGCAGAAAGCCAUCAUUACUCCUGAUUUUGAAAAAAACUACUGCGUCCCACCAUAUAGUGAAUCAAAGCAUCAACUUCAGAAAAAACGCAGACAAGAGCGACAAAAAACAGCAGGUGAUGGCUGGUUUGGUAUGAAGGCACCGGAACUGACAGAUGAACUGAAAAACGAUCUCAAAGCACUGAAGAUGCGAGCGAGCAUGGACCCAAAAAGGUUUUACAAGAAAAAUGAUAGAGACGGCUUCCCCAAGUACUUCCAGGUUGGAACCAUUGUUGACAAUCCAGCUGACUUCUACCAUUCACGAAUUCCCAAGAAACAAAGGAAGAGAACUAUUGUGGAGGAACUGCUGGCUGAUUCUGAGUUCAGAAGAUAUAACCGAAGGAAGUACUCAGAGAUCAUGGCUGAAAAGGCAGCAAACGCAGCAGGAAAGAAGUUUCGAAAGAAGAAGAAAUUUCGCAAUUAAGACUCACCAGGCAAACCACAAAAUUUUACACCUCCUCUGUAUUUAUUUACUAACCAUGUUUUGAAAAGUAACAUCACCACCACAUAAAUUAACAUAGGCUGGUCCUAUUUAUGUAGAGAUUUCUGUUUGGAAAAAGUUGACUUGAGAAAGGAUCAGUCAUGUGCCCCUUGGUAUAUCUACAAAUAUCCACUCGUGCUUAGACCCUUUGAGGGCAAGAAAAGGAAAAGAACUUGACCGAUUUAAAGAUAAUUAACUUUUGUAAAGUUUUCAACCUUUGGUUAUUUAAAGAAAUUUGAAUUAAAAAACAUUUAGAAAGCAUAAAGUUUGCUAACAUAUUCACAAAACUUCAAUAUGAUCAAAGAUAUAUAAAUAGUAUUAUAAUUAUUAUGUAGAGGUGUGUGUGUUUAGGGGGAGAUGGCAGAUAGUCAGGAAAUGGCCUGUGGCUGGUUGCACAUGCAAGUCCAGAAAACUGGCAAAGCUGGGAUACAGAGAUCUUGUUGGCCAGUAUAAAAGUCAUAGUUGAAACCAAAGGAAUGACACAAGUGUUCUUGGAGCAAGUGUAUGUUAGUGUAUGACCAGAGAACUAAAUGAAGCUAUAAAAAGGACCUGAAAGAGAGACUGCCGAGAAAGUCUGGGUUAAAGUUAGAUGCAGGAGCGCUCUUUUCCUUCCUUAGCAACUGAAACAGGAGGAGAGAGAUUUCCACCCAGAGUCAAUGAUAGGAUUAGAGCAAUAUAAUUUUAACUUGGUCAGGAGGUUAAGUGGCCCGACUCAACGUCGUCUCCAGUGGCAGAAACGUGCAUCCUGGCUAAGCUACGCAGGGCACCCAAGGAGCCGUGCUCACUGCCAUUAAUACGUCUUGGCGAGCUGUUGCUUCCUUUAUGUCAUUAUUCCUGGGAUCUUCUAUUUUCCAGCACACUGCUUCCUUAGUAUUUCAGUAAACAACAAGUCUCCUUCAUUGUGUUCACUGCUUGGGAUCAAAAGCAAACCAGUUAACAGAAGUGACAGUGACAUUCAUGGGCAGAGUUAGGGAAGCAUCUGUGUCUGUUCUUUUAUAGAAAAGCCUUCAUUCAAAGAAUAUUAAGUUUUGCCUUCUGGGUAAACUAAGGACCUGCUAUGAGAAAAUUAAAUACCCAAACAAGAAGAGAUGAUAGUUAAUUUACCCUUUAUACGUUCUUCCAGAAGGAGACGUUGUUAGAACAUUUCAGCUUACACUACCAUGCUAUAAGAAGACUCAGACUUGUCAAUCAUUGUGUAUGAUGUUUCUCUGCAGACAGCUGAGGACUUACGCAGGUUUUGUCAGACUCAAGGUGGGGGUCAACUUUUUAUCGUAACUUUUAUGCUCAUUUCUCACUCCUGAGUGCUAGAAUAGGUUGAAUUAUCUGGUACUUCAAAACUGUAGUUACGACAAACAUUUGCAACAUGAUAGUGUGUUUUACAGGGAAAACAAGAUUAGUGACCUGUGAUCUUUCCCACACGGAGCAUUCGAGCCUUCUGGAUUAGGAAGAGGUGAUGAGGGGAGAGAGCUGAACCUAGGUGCCAAGUCCAGCUCGCACACCCACCUUAGAGGUCCUCACAGCAAGUGUUCUGAGGACAGGUGACCCUUGAACAACACGGGGGUUGGGGUGCUGAGCCCCACACAGUUGAAAAUAAAAAACUUUACCGUAGGCCCCUUGUGUCUACAGUUCCGCAUCUGAGGGCUCAACCAAGUGCUUGCAGAUCGUGCAGUACUGUAGUGGGGGCUUGCUGAGAAAAUCCGCGUGAGUGGGCCCACCCAGUUCAAACCUGUGUUCAAGGGUCAGCUGUAUUAUAGUUACAUUUUAACAUGCUCUUUUUUGUCUCCAUUGAUUGGUUUUUUAUUAUAUGUAUUUUUGUAAGCCACUUAAAUAAUUUGGAAAAAGAGAGUUCUUAACAAAUGUAAAAUACUUAUCAGUGAAAUAAACCUUAUUCAACUAAAAAUCA